CGGGGGCCAAAACAAAACAAUAGAUUUACGCGUUUAAAAAAUGUGUUCCUAUAAUGUAUAUAACACUUUAUUUUGUACUAUAACUCUAUUAAAUGUCUGUAACACCAAUAUCCCAUAAUAUAUGUUCCCUAUUUUACAUUGCCCACAGCAUUCACACAGUGCUGUGUUCCUGGACAUUCAAAAACGUCCCAAAAAAGUAUUUAUAGACUUAAUAGUAUUUAUACAGAUUUAUUCAAGGCCUUUAUACGUAUUCUUUGGGAAUCAUAUCAAAUCCAUUAAAAGUUUUAGUAGGACUUUUAUUAUGAAAAGCCUCCCGGUAUCUCCAACACUGCAGGGGGCAGUGGAGCUGCUGAGAAAAAACGGAGAAGAAGAACACGAGCAAAACAUUCAGCGCCACAAAUCAGCCCUCUUACUGAAACUACAUGUAGUUUAAUACACACUGAGGUGUUUUCUGUGAUCAGAAGAAUGCCUUUGUCAACUCAGUCUCAACCAGAGAAUGAUGAGUACAUCCUGAUAGCUAGUUUGGAUAAUGUGAGAAACCUUUCUAACAUCUUAAAAGCAAUAUCCUUCAAAGACCAUGCAAUAUUCAAUGCGACGCAGAAUGGGUUAAAAGUAACCGUAGAAGACUCCAAAUGUCUUCAAGCAAAUGCGUUCAUUCAGGCAGACAUUUUUCAAGAGUUCACACUUAAAGAGGAUGUGGUUGGGUUUCAGGUUAACCUAACUGUGCUUCUGGAUUGUCUCACCAUCUUUGGAGGAAGCACAGUGCCAGGAGUGAUGACUGCCCUGAAAAUGUGCUACAAUGGUUAUGGCUAUCCAUUGACCCUGUUCCUGGAGGAAGGAGGAGUGGUUACUGUUUGCAAGAUUAACACCCAAGAACCAGAGGAACCCUUAGACUUUGACUUCUGUAGCACCAAUGUGACCAACAAGGUCAUACUUCAGUCAGACAGCCUGAAAGAGGCUUUCUCAGAACUGGACAUGACCAGUGAGAUCCUGCAGCUAACAAUGUCACCCAGUCACCCCUAUUUCAGAUUGUCCACAUUUGGAAAUUCUGGAAAUGCCCAUUACGACUAUCCCAAAGACUCUGAAAUGAUGGAGCUGUUCCAGUGUACAAAGACACAAACCAACAGGUACAAGAUGUCUCUAUUAAAACCCUCCACCAAGGCGUUGGCGCUGUCCUGUAAGGUGUCUGUAAGGACAGACAGUCGAGGCUUCCUCUCAUUACAGUACCUUGUGCGGAAUGAUGAUGGACAGAUUUGUUUUGUUGAGUAUUACUGCUGCCCAGACGAAGAGGCUGAUGAAGAAUAGACCAACAUGAGUUAUUUUGCUCAUCUUAAAACGUGCUGUUAAUUGUUUCCCUUUUCAUGUUAAACUGUGUCGUUUAAUCAGAUUAGUGAUCUGAUUUGUUCAUUGUAUUUUAUUAAAUUCAGUUUCUAAAAAAGAGAUAAAGUAACAGAGCUUGUAUUUGUUAUAUAAUAAGAUUUUGAACUUUAUAAAUCUUUUUAUCAGUUUCUUUAAAGUUGUUAACAUGAAGAUGAUCUGAUAUGACACAUACAUUACUGUGUGAUAUACCAUUAAAGGAGUUUGAAAUCUCCA